CUCGCUUUAUUAUUAUUCGAGAAUCCAACUCCGUCACUUUUCACCACUCAAGCAGUACAAUUUUCAGUUCCCUUUAUUAGUUUUAGUUUCAGAUUGUUGUGUUACGAGAUGGUCUGCUUGGUUACCUGAGCUCCGUCUUUACCCUCUUGAGUCCUCUACAUCCACACCCAUCUCAAAUCAACAACUCGAAUGAUCUCAAAUACCUUUUUCUUUCUUUAAUAUUAUCCAGGACCAGAACAUGUUAAAGAUUGUGGACUGUUUUAAGCUGUAAAACUGAAUCCACCUCACUAACCAAACCCUUAUUCUCAAUCUAACUAGUCUUUUCCUCUUCUGCUCUAUCCUUCCAUCUUCUUCUUAUAUGUGUUGCUUAUUUCUUCAUUCCUGGUUUGAUGUGGCUUUCUAGUGUAAAAUCCCUUUUCUUUGUUCCCCAAACUGUUUUGGGUUUGUACUUUGUACUUGUUUUCAGAUCGGUUUUUAUUUUUAUUUGAAUCACCUAUGCGUUAGAUUUUUUUUGUUCUGUGUCUGUUUUUGCUUUCUAUUUGGCCAUAAUAUCAGAACACUUGUAGUUGCAAACCCUUUUUUAUUUAAUAAAAGCUGCCUAUAGAUUUACAAACAAUGUUGUAUUUUUAAGUCCCUAGUUGAUUUUGGUUUGCAUAUAGGUUGGUUAGGUAGCAGAUUGAUUAAAUAUGAUGGGGUACUCUUUUUCAGUCUUUCUUUUGGUACUAUUAGCUUCACUAUCUCCAUUAGUAUAUUCAGUGAGUGGGAUUGGUGCUAACUGGGGCACACAAGCAAGCCACCGUUUGCCUCCAGAAACAGUGGUGGGUAUGCUGAGGGACAAUGGGAUCCAGAAGGUUAAACUUUUCGACGCCGACUACGAUGCGUUGAGAGCUCUGAGUAGGUCUGGGAUUGAGGUGAUGGUUGGUAUCCCAAAUGAUAUGCUUGCAACUCUUGCAAGCAGCAUGAAGGCUGCUGAGAAAUGGGUGUCCAAAAAUGUCUCUGCUCAUAUCACCGCCAAUAAUGUCAACAUCAGAUAUGUUGCAGUUGGAAAUGAACCUUUCUUGGAAACAUACAACGGAAGCUUUCUCAAGACAACGUUCCCUGCUCUCCAAAAUAUCCAAUCUGCUCUGAUAAAAGCUGGUCUCAGCAAUCAAGUGAAAGUCACUGUCCCACUUAAUGCUGAUGUCUACCUGAGCUCGAGUGGUGUUCCAUCUGGCGGCGAUUUCCGAGCCGACAUCCAUGACCUCAUGCUUGCCAUAGUCAAGUACUUGAGCGAUAAUGGUGGCCCCUUUACCGUCAACAUCUACCCCUUCAUAAGCCUCUAUAUAGAUUCCGACUUCCCGGUUGAGUAUGCAUUCUUUGAUGGCAAUGCAACUCCUGUAAAUGAUGGUGGGACAUCCUAUUACAACAUGUUUGAUGCAAAUCAUGAUACCCUUGUGUGGGCCUUACAGAGAAAUGGGUUUGGAAACUUACCCAUUAUAAUUGGAGAAAUUGGUUGGCCGACAGAUGGAGAUCAAAAUGCUAACAUGGUCUAUGCCCAGCGGUUCAACCAAGGGUUCAUGUCCCAUAUAUCAGGUGGGAAAGGAACCCCAAUGAGACCUGGGCCAGUUGAUGCCUACUUGUUUAGUUUGAUUGAUGAGGAUGCUAAGAGUAUUCAACCAGGAAAUUUUGAACGCCAUUGGGGGGUAUUUACUUUUGAUGGGUCAGCUAAAUACCAGCUUAACCUUGGAACCACAAAUUCGGGAGCUUUGGUCCCAGCGAAGGCUGUGAGCCGUCUAGAGCAUAAGUGGUGUGUGAUGAAGCCAUCUGCAAAGCUUGAUGAUCCAGGAAUUGCACCAAGUGUGAGCUAUGCUUGUGGACUUGCUGACUGCACAAGCCUUGGGUAUCAGACAUCUUGUGGAAGUUUGGAUGCUCGGGGGAACAUCUCAUAUGCAUUUAAUAGUUACUACCAGAAAAAUAACCAGCUUGACAAGGCUUGCAAGUUCAACCUUUCAAUGACCACCAAAACAGACCCAUCAGUUGGGAGUUGCAAGUUCCCAAUCAUGAUCCAGCCAUAUUAUGGGGGUGCUGAAAAUUUUGGGUCUAUUCGACAGGCAUGGAUCUUGGAGGUAAGCCUGAUUCUCUUUUUGUGGAAAAUUCUCUGAGUUCUAGUUUUAUCUUCAUUAGCCUUAUUUUUGUUUUCGGAAAAGUUGUAGAAUCUGAAAAUAGCUGGUGUUGAUUGCUUCCAAUUUUCUCUGUAUGGUAGAUGGGGCUUGUGAAUGAACAUUUGAUUAAGCAAAGUUGAAUUGGUUUCUGGUUGAUGGUUAAUAAUUUUGUACCCUA